GUGCGAUAAGAUUGAUUGAUUGAUCCACUUUCCAUCUUAUCACUCGCUUCCUUCUCCUUCCCUCGCUCCACCCCACCUUUUAGUCUACUUUGGUUUACUUUGACAGCUGUUGCUUUCCAUUUCCUGGUCUUCCACAUCUUGCUAUAUACCUUGCUCUCUUCCUCGUGCCUCAUUUCACUUUCAUCUUCAGUUCCAAUUCCAAUAUGAAGACUCUCUUCAGGAAUGCCACUAUUAUACCGGGAGUCAAUCCUCCCCCCGCAGAUUCUCCCACGUGUAUGAUCAUCGAGGAUGACCGCAUUGUUUACGUCGGCACCGAGACCGAUCUUCCCACUGACCCGGUGGAUCAUGAGGUCGAUUUGAAUGGCAAGAAAGUCCUACCUGGAUUCAUCGACGGACACAUGCACCUGCUGCUGUUCGGCGCCUCUCUCUCCAAGAUCGAUCUCAGCGACUGCAAGAACCUGGCCGACAUCCGCGCGACGAUCGCGCGCGCCGCGGCCGAGAACCCCACGGCGGAGCGGCUCUUCUGCCGCGGCUGGAUGCACAGCAUGACGGACGGCCAGGCGCUGGCCAGCAUGAUCGACGACCUGGACCCGCGGCCGAUCUUCAUCGACUCGAAGGACCUGCACUUCGCCUGGCUGAACACGCCCGCGCUGGAGGAGCUGCAGGUGGCCGGCCUCCCGGACCCGGAGGGAGGCACCAUCGCCCGCGACGCGACGACGGGCCUCCCGAGCGGCCUGCUGGGCGAAGCGGCGGCGGUGACCUACGUGUGGCCGCACGUGGCGCGCGUGUCGACGGCCGAGGAGAAGCUGGGCUACAUCCGCCAGGCGGUGCGGGCCUACAACGCGGCGGGCUACACGGGGAUGAUCGAGAUGGCGACGGACGAGAACGUGUGGGCGACGAUGCAGCAGCUGCGGGCGCGCGAGCCCGUCCCCAUCCGCCUGGCGGCGCACUGGAUCAUCACCCCGUCGCCGGACGAGGCCGUCGUGCUGCGCCAGGUCGACCGCGCCAUCGCCCUGCACCGCGAGUACAACCGCACCACGUCGCCGGACUUCCGCAUCGCCGGCAUCAAGAUCAUCUGCGACGGCGUCGUCGACGCCUGCACCGCCGCCCUCCUCGAGCCCUACGCCAGCACCGGCACCACCUGCGGCCCGCUCUGGGAUCCCACGCUGCUGGCCAAGGUUGUCGCCAAAGCCGACGCCGCCGGCCUCCAGUGCGCCCUGCACGCCAUCGGCGACCAGACCGUCCGGCUGGCCAUCGACACGCUGGAAGCCUGCACCAGCACCAGCACCAGCAACCGCGGCAGUGGCAGUGGCAGCAAGCGCCACCGAAUCGAACACCUCGAACUCACCCACCCUGCCGACAGCGCGCGCCUCGCCCACCUCGGCAUCACCGCCUCCAUCCAACCCGUGCACGCCGACCCGGCCAUCCUGCGCGCCUGGCCCCGCCUCCUCGGCGAAGCCCGCUGCCGCCGCGCCUUCGCCUACGCCGAGUUCCUCCGCCACGGCGCCCCCCUCGCCAUCGGCACCGACUCCCCCACCGCCCCGCACGCCCCCCUCCGCAACCUCUACACCGCCACCACCCGCCGCUCCGCCCGCGACCCCGCCCUGGACCUCGUCUUCAACCCCGCCUUCGCCCUGCCGCUGCUCGAGGCCGUCGUCGCUGCCACCGCCGGCUCGGCGUACUCGUGUUUCGACGAGGAUCGCACCGGCACGUUGGCCGCCGGUAAGAUGGCGGAUUUUGUGGUCUUGGAUAUGGCCUGGGAGGCGGAGGAAUUGUUGGAGGCCGAGGUGCUGGAGACUUGGUUUGCCGGGAGGAGGGUUUUUGAACGGUGAGUGGAGUGGGGCGU